UAGGCAUUAGGGUCGAGUGACAGAGAAAGGAGAAGAAGAGGAAAUGGAGGAAACACGCUGCUGAUUCUUAGAAAAUAACUUGGUGUGAGUUGGAGGCUGUGCAGACAUGAGUGUGUAUAAAAGGAGAGAGUGGAGAAGGUUUCUGACACAUCUGACCUCUGAAGAUUAAAGGCUGAUCCAAACAGACGCUCCUCUGUCUCUGCACCAUGAAGACUCUGCCGACCCUCGUGCUCCUGACUCUGAUCUGCUUCCUGGUUCACAGCUCUGCUGCAGGUUUGGUGGGUGUAAACCUGGUCACAGGUACUGGAUGCUGUCUACACCACAAUCGAACAAUGAUUCCUAAAGGACUGGUGAAACAUGUUGGGAUGUCCCCGGGUGACUGCAAACUCAAAGCAAUCGUCUUCACGACUGUGUGUAACGUGACUCAUUGCCUCGAUCCUUCCAUGUUGUGGGCGAAGAAGAGACUGGAGGAGUUUCAGAGUUCGUCUAAAGGUUUCAACCAGAAAGCGUGUACAGAGGUUAAAAAGCAGUGAUCGUUAUCAGUGUUACAUAUAGAUUCUGUCCUUUAUGUACACAAGAAAAUGAAUGACUGUUCCCUAUGACUGACAUUAUGACCUGGGACAGUUUAAUGUCAAAUUCAGCAUAAAAAUGUGAAUUUUUAUUGUAUUAAUUAAUAUCUACUUCAAGAUAAUCCAUGAAUUAAAUGUAUCUUAAUUUACUUUUUUAAAAUUUUCAUUUUUAUUUCAUUUUUCCCCCUAAUAACUUACAUCUCUUCACCAAAUAUAUGCAGUAUUUUGUUGUUAUUAAGUUGUUUGAUGCCUUUUUAUUUUACUUUUCUUUGUUAUUUCUUUUUAACAGAGAGGGUACAUAAAAAUAAUUAGAAAUAAUUAUUAUUACAUGACUGAAUUCAUAUGAAGUGAUGUAUGUAUGAAAGUUGAAAGUUUGACAUGUAUUUUGUUAUUAUUGUAUAAAAGGUGCUGCCC